AUGACCUUGUACGCAACUCUUGUAUGUCUCUCCAUCGGAUUGUUGAUGCUCCAAGCAUCUGAUGCGCAGCAGGUUGACGGGCUUGCUCCGAUUGCCAUAGACAAUGCGGAGGUUGUUGUAAGUUGGCCAAAGAUUUUUAAAUGUUAUUUUUUGCGAUUCCUUCGGCCGAGAGGGUGUACAAGUCCUUCCGGAAAGUGGACUGAAAUCGGCGACACGCACUGUGCGAAAACAAAAGUUGUCUUUGCAACUUCUUGCUUCUUGCGUCGUGCAAUAGGCUUUUUUCAGGUGUCGCUGACUUUCUGCGCACAGUGGAACCGCUAGAAAUCAGUCCGGCAACUUCCGAAAAGACUAUAUUUCAAGCUCGGAGUUUUAUUAAAAUUUUUGCCCAAAUGUCUGGCAUAGACCACAUAUCAAUUCCUAAGAGUUUGGGCUCGCUUUGCAGGGGCAGCCGAGAUAUUCAACGAUCUUUACGGCCGAGAGAGUAUAGGAAAAAAGGAGAGCGGUCAGAUAAAACCUUUUUGCCACUUUGUAAAAAAUCGAUUUUUUGUGUCAACAGUGCCCUCUACGGUAGGAAAAUAGACAUGCGACUUCUCAACUUCCCAAAAUUUGCAAAAAAGGUGUAAACUUUUUUCCAACAUUCCACCUAAAAAUCUCGUUCGAUUUUGCAAAGUGCGAGCUAGGAAAUCGCAUGUGUCUCAAAGAAAAUUAUCGUAAUUUUUUUCAGGCCCUUACCGAAAAGUCCUUCAAGCAAUUCAACGCCGACAAGAAUGGAGCCUAUACGUUCAAAAAGAUCAAGAGCGCCAAAUCCCAAGAAGCCGAGGGAACCAUGUACCAAAUUGAUUAUAUUGUUGCCAAAGGAAAGGACGAGGAAUGCGUUCGCGACAACGCGUUUGUGGCGCCUUUUACCAAGAAAGACACGCAUGACUUUAAAAAGUGUGAAUAA